AGUAGAUUUCCACUAAUAGUUGGUGCGUUGUAACCUCACAGUUGGAUUGACUCGGACUUUAUCCCAGGAUUGACAUUAUUCUGGGUAGUCAAGCUGCAGUCCUCGUAGAGGUCGGACGUGCCAACUGUCACAUCUAUGCAAUAUCGGAACUUGGACGAGUCCAUUGUUGACUGUGGGCGGGGAAGUAUAAAAGAAAGUGUGACCUACGCAGCUUGGCUACCGUCCCUUGUUGUAAGUAUAUUUCAAAUGUAUUUAUAAAAAAUACUCUUGAUUAUGACAACUAGUGCAGCCCAUAUCUUGUGUAUUUAAAUUUACACAUAUUGGAGGAAACAUCUUCAUAUUUAUUUUAGUUGUAUUUGUCAUCGAAUACUUCUGGAUUAAAUAGUUUCUUGCCAACAUGGCCUGUAUAAAGCAGCCUGUUAAUUGUUUGACAGAAGAAGAAUUAAGAUCAAUCCCGGGUAUUAGCAGUAGACUGGCAUCGACUAUUGUUGAUGUCAGAAACAGGUUUGGGAACUUAACGGCAGAAUCGUUCCAAACAUUGACGCGUCAAUCACUUUCAGAAAGUCUGACACAGUUGUUAGAUUUUACACCCAACAGGCAGCUGGGGAAAGAUCGAUCCCAACAAUCGCCUAAUAUAACGUUAGGCGCUAUUCCUAAGAAAAUUAUGGGCCCCAUACCAGAAUCACCUAAAGUCGAGAAACAAGCGGAUGGUGAUGCCUCAGAGAAGUUGGUUUCAGAAAUAGCACAGUGGGAAGACGUCCAGGAGGUCCUAUCGACUGCUAAAAAACUAGUUGCAGCCAAAAAACAAGGUGACUGCAGCGCAUUUAGCGAGUUUUUAACAAAUGCGCAACAACAACUGCACUUUGUUAAAGACAAUCUUCGCCGCCGUGAGGAUAGCGACGAUGAUUUGGAAUCCUCAUCCGGAAUUCCAAAGAGAAAGAAUGCACGAGAUAAGGUGUACAGGAAGAAGGUUACACACCACACUGUCACAGGAAGGGGUGUGUCAUCAGAAGAGGAGGAUCAACCGAUUCUUCACAGAACGAGUAGUGCUAUGGCCUACUCAAAUCAUCUGCCAGCUAGUAAGCUACCUCAACCAGUACUUGGCAGCGACAGGACCCAGUUUCAAAGAGGGCAGCCAUUUUCGAGAUCAGCUUUGCGGGAUAUUCCCAAGAACCUGGUGUAUGAUGGAAAAUCAAGGUGGCAAUCAUUCCAUAUGAAGUUUGAGCAGUACGAGCGGUCUUUUGGGUGGACUGGAGAAGACUGCAAGAUGUGCCUAUUGCACUGUAUGUCAGGUACAGCACUAGAUUAUUGCGCACGGAUAAUGAAAAGCAAUCCUGAAGUGCCAUACAGAAUUUUGUUAAAUAAACUGGAAGGGAGGUUUGGCGCUGAGCUGGCGGAAUCGGCUCAAGCUAAAUUUGCCACAGUAAUACAAAAGAAAGGCGAAUCGAUGGAGGACUGGGGAGAUAGAGUACAAGCCCUUGCCACUGAAGCUUUCCGUGAUUUACCGGAAACUUUCUGUAAUCAGCAAGCCAUUGAUAGAUUUUGUCAAGGUUUAUUAGACAUUGAUGCUGGACAUAACACGUUUAUGAAAAGACAUCGAACAAUUGAAGCUGCGAUGAAUGACAUAAGGCUGUUUCAGCACUCUAAGGGUGCCAUGUUAGGUGGUCGUACAAAAGUCACACAAACAGCUAUGGAUUAUAAUGAUACAAAUGCUUACAUAUGUUCUGUACAAUCACAUUCAGACAAAGAAUCUAUCACUGACUUCAGCACAUUGCAGAAAGAAUUAAUUAAAAUAAAAGAACAACUCAAUGAAUUAGCUGUAGGUCAAAAAAGGCCAUGGAGAAACAACAGGACACCAUCUAGGUUAAAUGAACGGAAAUGCUUUGCAUGUGACGAAACGGGUCAUUUUGUUUCAAAUUGUCCUUAUAAACAGGAGAUUUUAAACUUAAAAGGGUCCAGUUAGAGAGCCAAGGCUGGUCCCAGGUCGAACUAGGCUCAAAUAACUUGAUAGAUUACUGUAACCUGUAUAGAACUGAUGUGAAAGGCUGCAAAGCAUUUUUGGUCAGUGCAAGUGGUAAACAGCCACGGUCCUUUAAGGAGGAUGACGUGGGUUUACAAAGUAAACAGCCGCGGUCCUUUCAGGAGGAUGACGUGUGUUUACCAAGUAAACAGCCGCGUUCUUUUAAGGAGGAUGACGUGGGUUUCCAAAGUAAACAGCCACGGUCCUUAAAGGAGGAUGACGUGGGUUUCCAAGGUAAACAGCCACGGUCCUUAAAGGAGGAUGACGUGGGUUUCCAGGGUAAACAGCCGCGGUCCUUAAAGGAGGAUGACGUGGGUUUACAAAGUAAACAGCCGCGGUCCUUGAAAGAGGAUGACGUGGGUUUCCAAAGUAAACAGCCGCGGUCCUUGAGGGAGGAUGACGUGGGUUUACGGGGGUAAACAGCCGCGGUCCUUUAAGCAGGAUGACGUGGGUUUGCGGGGUGGUGAUUUGCACGGAAGAUCAGCAUCUUUGGAAGAGAAACCAGAGAUAAAUAGAGAACAGCCGAGGUCCUCCCAGAGCGGGGAGGUUGACUUGGGUUCCACGAGUGAACAUUUGCUGUACAGGCAGAGUAAAUCGCAGAGUAAAACAGACAUGCAAGGUUCAAGAAUUUGGGAUCCAGGAGGAAAUGAUGCUAACACCAAUGCAAGACAUUUACAUAGCAUUAAGGUUUAGGGGCCUUCCUUCUUUUUGGGUGGGAAGGAGGAUGUAGUGUAGAAGAAGUAACAUGCUUUUAUAGAAUACACCUCCCCAAAAGGCUAGUUUAAAGAGAUCAUUUUAUUUGAUUUUACAUUUAUAAUUUUAGUCUGAUUUUACAUUUAUUCUGUCCAGAUUAAGACAGGAUGGAGACAAAACUUAAUUGUUUUGAGACUAGAUAAAAGACAACUUCAGAUGUGAGUAAUUUCAGUCUGAGUUAACAUUUAUUCUGUCCAGAUUAAGACAGGAUUCACAACGAUGAAACCGAAUACUUAUUCAGUCUAAGGCUGGAAAGAAAAUUAGAAGGACAUAAACGAAUCCUUCAAGAGAAAGAGGGAGUGAGUGUAGUGGAAAGUAGAUUUCCACUAAUAGUUGGUGCGUUGUAACCUCACAGUUGGAUUGACUCGGACUUUAUCCCAGGAUUGACAUUAUUCUGGGUAGUCAAGCUGCAGUCCUCGUAGAGGUCGGACGUGCCAACUGUCACAUCUAUGGCACACCUAGUCUGGCUCCCUUCAUAACGACCCAUACUAUACUGGAACCAUUGAAGUGUGGAGACCUACUGAUGACUGCAGCAGAAGUGAGUCUGGAAGCCAACCCCACCCACUUGGAGACUUCUAGACACUGCGAUUUCUACGUAUUUAAUCUACCUUCCGGAACCUCCAUCUAUCCAGAUUACCCGCCAUCUACAUCAUCAUCAGGUAGCUGGGUAACGCUAAUACCCGAUGACAAGAUGUUGCGUAAUGCACCAUAGCUAAAUGAUGGAGACAAACAUUUUCAAGAGAUGAAGAGGACGAUUCAUAAUUAGGCUAGGUUUCUUUAACUGAAGUGUUAAUCGGAUGUCAAGUUUCUCAUUUAUACUCUGGACAAGUAGUAUCAAGUGUUGACAAGAGCACUGCCAACAGGUGCAGGACGCUGGAAUACAAGCGUUGACACAGACUAAGUUUCAAAUCCAAGAAGAGAAAUAGUUCCCUCAUGUCAAUAGAAGUAGGUCAUCACAUAAUCAUUCUACAAGAGUGUUGAAUUUCAAGUUGAAAGCUUUUAAUGAUUGAGAAAUUGAAGUCGGAAAAGGGGAAUAACUCUUUAAAUAAUGGUGAAUAAGUGUCUUCUGUUGUCAGUAGAUGAAGGUGUUGAUAUUCUACAAGUGCAUAGACUUCGAAGUUGAAAGCUUCGAUAGUGUUUGAGAAAUUGUAAGUCGGUAAUAACUAGUAAAAUAUGAAGGAUAAAGUUAUGUGCUUUUGUCAGAAGUUGCAUGUCAUCAUAUUAUAUAAGUGUGCAGACUGUCAAGUUGAAAGGUUGGACAGUGUUUGAGAAAAUUAAGUUUUUUGUUGAGAAUCUGCCAAUAUUUCUAUGUACUAAGUCAAAACAAGGGCAGAUAAUUCCAUAAAUAUAGGUCACAUGGUAACCAGCCUUGUCAGUAUGGACUUAACAGGCGAAAUUGAGCAAGUAUUGUAAGUUUGAAGAGGAUAUCUUUGAUAGUCUUUGCGGAAAUUGACAUUUACAGACAACUAAACAAACGCGGACGCCGACUACCUGGCUAUGACAAUAGCGCUUGUUUUGUUCUAAAAGUCGAGCUAAAAAGGGAGAUAUUGGUAGACUAUCUAUUUGAGAUCAAUCUGAAGGCAGGGCAAAGUUACCAAUACCAUCGUAAUAAAUGAACAAGUACUUAGUGCUGAGAUCAAUUUAAUGAUCACAAUGUAUCAACAACCUGUAGAACAUGGAAGGUAAUUGUUUUUAACAUCAAAGCUUAAUAUAACUUGACAUAAUGAACUAUUAACUAAUAAUCUAGCUCUACAAAAUGAUUUUAAAAUGUUUGGAACAAGAAUG